AUGAAGUUCGGCAGGAACCUCCCCCGCAACCAAGUCCCCGAGUGGGCGGCCUUCUACAUCAACUACAAAGGCCUGAAGAAGCUGAUCAAGGCGGCUGCGCAAUCGGCCAAGGAUGGAGAGAAGGUGGAUCUUGCAGAAUUCUUCUUCGCCCUGGACCGCAAUCUCGAAGAUGUCGACAGCUUCUACAACCGCAAGCUUAGUGAGGCCGUCCGCCGUCUCAAUCUGCUGCGCGACCGCUAUGGCCGCGUCCACGACCUCGUUUCCAACCUCGACGAGGAUGAGACCGAGGAGCUCAUGGGCGCUCUCUACGAGAUGCGCAUCAUGCUAAGGAACCUUAACUGGUUCGCUGAAAUCAAUCGCAGGGGCUUCGUCAAGAUCACAAAGAAGCUCGACAAGAAGCUCCCCGAGACGGUCUCCCAGCACCGCUACAUCUCGACCAAGGUCGACCCGCUGCCUUUUGCCAAGGACACCACCGGCACGCGCCUCCUCGCCGAGAUCAACAAAUGGAUCUCCGCGCUGGGUGAAGCUCGCAACGUCGACGACGCCAGAUCCGACAGGUCAGUGCGGUCGCUCGGCCGCGUCUCCUCCAAGGCCAUGUUGACGCUGUCGCAAACACUACUCGACACCCUGGAGCAGGCCAUUCGCAAUGACGAUGUCGAGUCGUUGAAGACCGGCUUGAAGGACGGCAACGUGUCCGGUGAGCAGGCAUCUCAGGGCUUGCUUCUGAACAUGCUGCAGCGCUCCAUUGCUGCGAGGUCCAAGGCUUGCAUCGCCUAUCUAAUCGAGCAGCUGCCGUCCAUCCACGAGCCCGACGACAUCAACGAGCGAAACUGUGUUCACAGACUCGUCAUUCACAUCGGCCGUACCAAGUCUUCCGACCCUGACAACGAGCCCAAAUCGUACCCUUUCCCCAUUGGCACGCAGUUUACUUCUCACGACCUGCAGCCAGCAGUCUCCCAAGUCGUCACCCCCCGGGCGCUCAACCAGAACGAGGCGAAGCUGCUCGGCAAGGACGACGAGGCGGUCCAGAUUCUCAUGUAUCUCCUCGAUACUCUGAAGCCCGAGCACAGAGAAGCACUCAGUGCGAGGGACUCGUUUGGGCGACUGCCGCUCCACUACGCCGCCCGAUUCGGCUUCGUGGUCGUCUGCCAGAUCAUCAUGGCCAAGAUGCAGGAGUGGGGCCAGUUCAACGUCGAGAACGGCAUUGAUGCUCCCGAAUGGCAGGACAACGACGGCUACGCCCCGCUGCAUUUGAGCGUCGUGGGCGGACACCCUCUGACGACCAAGGCUCUUCUCCAGGGAGAGAACUGGCAGGGUGUUAGCGUCAAGAAGGCCGAAAUGAGACGAACCGUGUCCAAAUCCGGCGCUGUUCUCGCCAUGGCCACCAAAUCCAACUACAAGGUCAUCGUGGAGAUGCUCGUCGACGCUGGGGUUGACAUCAACUGGCAGGACAAGACGGGUGAAACCGCACUGCACCUUGCCGCGCGCCUCGGUCACGAUGAGAUCGCCAAGUCGCUGAUCAAGGGCACGGAUGAGCAAAAGGCCGAUCUCGAGAUCGCGGAGAACACGUACGCCUGGACGCCACUUCACGUUGCUGCCGUCGACGGCCACCUCUCGGUGGUCCAGUUGCUCGUCGACUCGGGCGCAGUCGUCGCCAAGGCCGAUUCUUCUGGCUGGACCGCCAAGGAACACGCUGCGCUGCGUGGCCAUCUGGACAUCGCCAGGCUCCUCGCGAACCAAGCCGAGUCCGAGAUCGUCCAGCCUACGAGCAGCCUCAAAAUCUCCAACGAGAGCUCUCCCCGCUCGUCGUCUCCCGAGAACACGUCGUCGAUCGACGGCCGCAAAUCCGACGGCUACGUCCGUCCUGUGGAGCCGGUCAAGACCUUUGGCCAUCGCUAUCUCACCGACAAGAGCAUGGUCCUUGUCAGCCUUGGAUCGAUGGACAUGCGCAAGAACCUCGAGGCCGUCAAGCUUGACCGCGUGCCCUUGACCGAAGCCCAUCUGACAGAGCUUGACACGGCUUUGUCCAUUGUUGUCUCGGCCAGCGGUGCCCAAGGCGAGCCUACCAUUGUUGACUUACCGGUCCAUGAGACCGUUUCCACCGAGCCAAUCGUGUUUACGGCAGCCGACCCCUCUCAGGUCAAGCUGAUGUUCGACAUUGUCCCGACUUACUCUGGGAAUGAGAAGAACAAGAUCGGACGCGGUGUGGCCCUCCUCUCCUCCAUCAAGCCCACUUUGGGCACGAAACGGAUGAAUCUCCAAGGCGAUGUCUGUGUGCCGAUCUUGGCGAACAACUUGGAUGUCAUUGGUACCGUCAACUUCAACUUUUUGGUCGUCACACCCUUCUCGCAUCCCAACAUGGAGAUCAACUCCCAGCAGACGUACUGGAAGAAGCUAGCCACGACGAUGGUCAUUGGUCACCGCGGCAUGGGUAAGAACAUGACGAGCAACAAGUCUCUCCAACUGGGAGAGAACACGGUGCCUUCUUUCAUUGCGGCGGCCAACCUUGGCGCCCAGUACGUCGAAUUCGAUGUGCAGCUCACCAAGGACCACGUGCCAGUUAUCUACCAUGACUUCCUUGUCAGCGAGACUGGUAUCGAUGCCCCGGUUCACACCCUGACCCUGGAGCAGUUCUUGCACAUCAACCCAGACUCAAACCGCACAAACGGUGUCAAUGCAGUCAAUGAGAGAAUCGAGAAGGUUCGAAACAAUGCGCCGGGUCCCAGGCAACGGUCUUUGUCCAUGGGCUACGCCGGCGACAGUCUCAACGGGGGCGGCCUCGAGGAGCGCAUGAAGCACACGCGGGACUUCAAGAACAAGGGCUACAAGGCCAACUCGCGUGGCAACUUCAUCCAGGCGCCGUUUGCCACGUUGGAAGACCUUUUCCGCCAGCUCCCCGAGCACAUUGGCUUCAACAUCGAGAUGAAGUACCCCAUGCUCCACGAGAGCGAGGAGCAGGAGAUGGACACGUACGCCGUCGAGCUGAACUCCUUCUGCGACACGGUCUUGUCAAAGGUGUACGACCUGGCGGGCAACCGACACAUCAUCUUCAGCUCUUUCAACCCCGACAUCUGUCUUUGCUUGAGCUUCAAGCAGCCGUCGAUCCCCAUCAUGUUCUUGACCGAUGCAGGCACCUGCCCCGUUGGUGACAUCAGAGCCUCUUCGCUGCAGGAGGCCAUCCGGUUCGCCAGUCGCUGGAACUUGAUUGGAAUCGUUAGCGCCGCCGAGCCUCUCAUCAACAGCCCUCGGCUGGUCAAGGUCGUCAAGGAGAGCGGCCUCCUCUGCGUCAGUUAUGGAACGUUGAACAACAACCCCAUCAUGGUUCAACGUCAAGUGAAGGAGGGCAUCGACGCGGUCAUCGUAGACAACGUCCUCGCCAUCAGAAAGGGUCUCACGACCACCGAGGCCGAGGUUCUCAACGGCGAGGUCGAGACCUCGGAGGAGGGAUCGGAGACUGGCGACUCGGUUUAG